AUGGGCCGAACUCGGGAAGCUGGCUGCUUGGCCGCUGGUGUAGUGAUCGGCGCUGGCGCCUGCUACUGCGUAUACAGACUGACCUGGGGAAGAGAUGAGAGCGAGAAAAUCUGGGACGACCACGAUGACGAUGAGGAGGAGGAAUCUAGCGAUAUUGCAGAGACUGGGAAAGGAGCUAAGGCUAAUGCUGGGGCAGGGGCUGGAGCCAGACUUCAGGGUGACUCAAAGGCCAAGGCUGAGGUGUCCGUGGAACUCAGGAGUGGACCUGAUGUAAAGGCAGAGGCCCACUUGAAGGCCCAGAGUGGAGGUGGCCUAGAGGCCAAGGCCAAGGCCCUUUUCAGCACCCUGAAGGAACAGGCAAGUGCAAAGGCGGGCAAAGGGGCCAGGUUGGGUACCAUCUCCGGGACCAGGACCCUUAUACCUGGUUUACCCUGCCCAGGAGUCAGGGGUGGAGGCUGCCACCCUGUGAGGAAUGGAGCUAGGGCUGGGGGCAGGACUAGUGGCAAGUCCAAGGGAAGAACCAGAGGUAAGAGCACCAGGACUCCAGCUACAUCAUGGCCUGUUCGAAGGGGCAAGUUCAACUUUCCCUAUAAAAUUGAUGAUAUUCUGGGUGCUACUGACCUUCAAAAGGUCCUUAACAUCCUAGAAAGAACUAGCGAUCCUUUUAUUCAGGAAGUAGCCUUGGUCACUCUGGGUAACAAUGCAGCAUAUUCAUUUAACCAAAAUGCCAUUCGUGAAUUGGGUGGUCUCCCAAUUAUUGCAAAACUGAUAAAAACGAAAGAUCCCAUUAUUAGGGAAAAGGCGUACAAUGCCCUUAAUAACUUGAGUGUGAAUGCAGAAAAUCAGGGCAAGAUUAAGACAUAUAUCAGUCAAGUGUGUGAUGACACCAUGAUUUGUCGUUUGGACUCAGCUGUGCAGAUGGCUGGUCUAAGGCUGUUAACCAACAUGACUGUGACAAAUCACUACCAACAUUUGCUUUCCUAUUCUUUUCCAGACUUUUUUGCUUUGUUAUUCCUGGGAAAUUACUUCACCAAGAUUCAGAUUAUGAAACUAAUCAUAAACUUUACUGAAACCAGCCAUGACAAGAGAGCUGGUCAGUUGUAA